AGUUGGACAUUGGCCUCCGUAAGAUUAAGAGUUAAAUUGUUAGCUCGAAAAAAAAAAAAAAAAAAAAUUGAAAAUAAAAAAACAAUUAACCUGUGUUUCCAGCAAAAAAAAAAAAAAAAAAUCAAAAGAUAAAAAAAAUUCAAAAAAUAAAUAUAAAAAUAAUUACAUCCUCUUCUAAAUUUUGGUUUUAACAAUAAGCUUAAUAAUGCGUUUGUCAACGGUUUGUGAAUUACUAUUGAUAUUUCUUAUCAUUGCAUUUGGUGCAUAUGGAAGAGUCAUUGAACGUAAUGGAGAUAAACCAAGACAAAUAGCAAAAUCAUUAAACAAUGAUAAAAACAUAGGUGUGUCAUUGAUGUCACUUAAAGAUGCAACUGAAAAUGUCAACAAAUAUUGUCAAUGUGAUGGAAUUGAAUGUACAUGUUGUCGUGCAUUUCCUUUAAUUGGUAUUAAUAUAUUAAAAAAUGAAGGAUGUGCAGUAUUAAAAUAUGUUGAAAAUAACAGUCUUAAAGUACAAUUAAAAUAUGGAGGAAGAGAAUUAGCAACAAGAGUUAUUAAGGGUAAAUCACCAGCACCAAUUUGCAUACCAUUACCAGGUGGUUUUAGUGACUUUUGUGCUAAAGUUUAUUCAAUAAAACGUGAAGAAAAUAAUCAAUUUAAAGCUUGUCUUGGUCUUGAAUUAAAAUCUGGUGGUGAUGUUGAAGCAGCAGUACGAGUUAGCUGUUUUCGUUUUGGUCAAGAAGGAAUAAAACAACUUCCAGCUGAAGAUUUUCCAAUAAUAGCAACAUCACCAAAACCAGCUGCUGAUGAUGAUGAUGAUUAUUUCAGUUUUGUUGAUGAUGACGAUGAUGAUGAUGAUGAUGAUGAAGAUGAUGACGAUGAAGAUUCAGAUGACAGUGAAGCACCAGUUAAAGAUAAUGUUGAAACACCACAAAAACCAGAUACUGAUGAGGAUGAAGAUGAUGACGAUGAAGAUGAUGAUGAUGAUCUUGGUCUUGGUGAUAUUAGUGAAAUAUUUGAUUUCUUUACUGGUGGCGAUGAUAAUAAGAAAAAACCAUCAUCAACAACAACAACAUCACCAUUUAUCAUUUCAACUGUUACAAAACAACCUGCUGUAUCAGCACCAUCAUCAACAUCAACAGCAAAUAAUAAAAAACCAGUAAUUACAACAUCAACAUCAUCAACAACAAAAACAACAACAACUCAACAACCACCAAAAGCAACAACUAAUAAACCAGAUAAAAAACAAGAUAAUAAAACAGAAAAAAUUCCAGAUAAAAAACAAGAAACAAUAACAGAAAAAAUUCCAGAAAAAACUCCUGAAAUAACAACAGAAAUUGCAUUAGAAACAACAACAGUACAUCAGGAUAAUGAUAUAACAACUGAACAAACAUUUGAUAAUACAACACCAAAAGAAGUUGGUGAUGGUUUAGUAACUGAAGAAUCAAGCACAACUGAUACAAGUAAUCCAACAGAAUCAACACUUGAAACUACAACUUUUAUAUCAGAAAAAAUUGAAGAAAAACCAAUAAAAGGAUCAGAAAGUGUUGUUGAUAUUGUAACAGCAAAACCUGAAAUACCAGCAAUGGUUGUUAAAAAAAUAAUUCUUGGUACACAUAAAAAAGCAAGUGCAGGAUCAAGUAAUUUAAAUAAAAUUGAAAAUGACAAACAAAAACCAUUGAUAAAACCAACAAAGGCUGAUUCAACACCAGUACAACAAGUUACACCAACAAAUAACAAUGAUAUUAUUGAUCUUGGUGAAUUAGUUGGUUUAACUGAUGAUGAAGAAACUGAAUCAAUCGAGGAUAAUGAUGAUGAUGAUGAUGAAGAAAAUGAAGAUAAGAGUAAUGAAGAAGAAAAAGAUGAAAAUGUUGAAGUUGGAGAAACAAAUAAACCAGAUAAUGAUGAUGAUGACGAGGAAGAAGCUGAUAUAUUAGAUAGUCUUGAUGAUGACAGUGAAGAACAAGAAGUUAAUGCUGCAAUAAAUGCAAUUGUUGGUACUGAUAAUAAUAAAAAUAAAAAUAACAAUAAUAAUAAAAUAAAAAUUAAUGAUAAAAUAAGCGAUAAAGUUGCUGAUAAUAUGGCAUCAAAACCAGAAGAUGAUGAUGCUGAUUAUGGUAUGAAUCUUGCUGAAUUUAUGGCAAGAGGUAGGCAUAUUAAUCAUGGAAGAUCACGACAGAGUAAAGUAAUGCGACUUUAAAUUAUUUUUAAACAAAGAAAUAAAUCAAAACAAAAAAUAAUAAAAAGUAAUUUAUAAAUUUAGAUUUUA